UCAAACGGCAACAAACGUUAGAAAAGAAAGUGGAGGUUAUAUCGAAAAUUCCGCUCGAAAAGCGGCGCCGGUGUCCGUUUUUCCUGGGUAACGUUAAAAUGUUGCACACGAUGAACCAGUCAGGCAUCCCCGACAAGAUGUGGCAACCGCCCUUCGUCCAGUUCGAGACGACGAUGGGCGAGUUCACGGUCGAGCUGUACUGGAAACACGCGCCCCAGACGUGCCGCAACUUCGCGGAGCUCGCCAGACGCGGCUACUACAACAACACGAUCUUCCACCGAGUGAUACCGGGGUUCAUGAUACAGGGCGGCGACCCUAGCGGCACGGGUAAAGGCGGUAUGUCUAUCUACGGGCAAACGUUCCGAGACGAGAUCCAUUCGGAUCUGAAGCACACGGGGGCGGGCGUCCUGUCGAUGGCGAACUCGGGCCCCGACACCAACGGCAGCCAGUUUUUCGUAACUCUGGCACCUACGCAGUGGCUCGACGGUAAACACGCGAUUUUCGGGAGGAUCAACACCGGUAUGAACGUCAUCAAACGUAUCGGCAUGGUCGAGACCGACAAGAAUGACCGGCCCGUCGACGAGGUCAAGAUUUUACGGGGCAAAGUGCUCAAAAAUUAA